UAGAUGUCUCUCAACAUUCUCAUCAACAUUUCUCUCUUGGUAUUCAAGUCAGCACUUCAGAUGUCCUCCAAUCCCCUGGUGUUGCCAGCCCUGGACUGGUCUGCAUCACAUUCCAUCCUGGAACUCUUCCAGGGAGAGCUGGGUAUCCCAGCAGUCCACAUCGACCUCAGCACCCUGAAGGAAAUCAAGCUGAACACCGCACAGCCUUCACUGCUGGCUGUCCAUCUCCCUUACACUGCUGGGGAUCAGACAAAGGAAUUGCUUUUGAAAAAUGAUGCGAUCAUUGGAGAGGUCCUCGAUGUGUUCAAAUCUCAGGAUGAGCCUUACACUGCUGUAUACACUGGUCUGAAGCCCUCUAGAGUCAUUGAGGAGACCCCAGUAAUGGCAGGACGUUCUGUGGGCCGGUCGCUACUUCAGGCACCACCACAGUCAUCUGUGAAACCUCCACUCGUCGUCAACAACACAGCGGGCCAGCCCUGCAUCCUGCUCUGGGCCGACACUCUCCUCGCUCGUUACUCUGGGAACCAGGAUGAUCUGGCAAGAGACAUUUUUAAUGCUUCUGCUGACUUCACGGCUGGUUCCGUUUGCAAUGAAACACUGUCAAGACUCGUCAUUAAUUACCAGAACGUUCUGAAUUUGCGAUCCCUCCGGCUUAUGUGAGUAUUCAACACCUAAUUCAUCAAUGAUAUGUAUUAUUUGUGAUUUUGAAGAAAAGGAUUUACUGCACUUGCUGGAUAUGAAGAAAAAAACAACAACAACAGAAUUUUACAUGCAUUUUUAAUAGGGAUGUAACACUACACUCAUGUCACGAUUCAGAUCAAUACACAAUACUGAUCUCACGACACAAUACUCUCGCAAUACUUAGAACA